UCCCCUUGCUACCCAAUUUCAAGCCAUUUCAGCCUUAGCCAUGCCGCAUGACGGGGCCCAGCCCGGCCGUGCUGAGAAAGGUGGCCGAGACUUCAGAUGUCGACACGCUGAAGGUGCUGCUUGCAGGAACAGAUGCCUCGGACUUGUUGAGUCAAGUGGAUUCAGCUGGCCAAAGCGCUCUCCAUUUGGCUGUCAGAGCAGUCCCUACUGAUGAGGUAGCAGCUACAGUCUCAACACUCAUCGCUUCCAGAGCGCGAUUGGAACAAGCGAACGCCCGAGGGGAGACCCCGCUCAUAUUGGCGGUUCGCACAGCUUUGGCUGCAGCGGUUCCGGAUGGUCCAUGGCUACUGCCCAUUCAGCUGAUAUUGGAGGCCAAAGCCAGAGCGUGCGCAGCUGACCGACAAGGCCGUUCAUCCUUGUCCUAUGCUGCCAGUGCUGGCAGCCUUUCAAUUUGCCGCAUGCUUUUGACCUUCCGUGCGGAUCCAACCCAAGCCAACUCCUUUGGAGCAACGCCACAAAGUUUGGCAGAGCGACAAGGUCAUGCCGAAGUCACCAAGCUUCUGGCUGAGGUAGCUUCAACAGCCUCCAAGCCUGCAAAGAAAGCGAGUGACGAGGCCAAGGGCGCGAAGACUGCAAAGUGGCAGACAAAGAAGGAAGAACAAGGAAGUCAAGAGAGGCAAGGGGCAAAAGUGCACCCCACGGGCCAGAUUCCUGAAUGGCGCCAGAGUGAUGAGCAAACGAAGGAAGUCAAACGCCUCGUUCAGAAGUGGAGCUCCGCAUCUUUCCAGCAAUUGAUGCAAGAAUGCAAGAUGCAGCGCAUCAAUACGCAAGAUGCAUCACACGAGGAGCUAUGCCAGCGCUUGCUGCAGCUACAUGCCUGGGAACGAAUGUCAGAUGAGGAGCUCAAGCAAAGCUGCUUUUCACGAGGAGUUCCGUUUCCGAAGUCCUGCUUCACCUCGGCGUAUUCGGUGAACCGUGAGGCGGACCGAUGUGACGUCAUUUUCCGCUUGAAGGAGGCGGUGUUUGGCCUUCGCCCCGGAGAGUUUGGCCCGCUCCCUGUCGCACCGGCAGAUGCUGCAAGCCAAGUGGGCCAAGCGGCUGACACUCCAUCAGCGGCCAGGCCAAAGGCCAAGCCUGCAGCCAAGGCGACUUCCCCAAAGGCGGAGAAUCAGGCCGGGAAACCCUCGGAUGAUUCCUGGAAGUCCGACGCCCGUAUGGAGCGGUUGCUGAAGGAAUUUCCCAGCUUCAGUGGCCCUGCACCGGGCCCAGACAGUGUACAUUGGAAUGAUGCAGAGCUGCGACAGUAUUUCUUCUCCAAUGGAUACCUUCGUCCCCGCUCGUCACGAACGGCGACCAACACGUCUGCAGCUCCGCGCGAGUUGCUGCGGCAUUUCGAGACCCUCGGCCUCCAUCCCACGGCCAGCCCGGAAGAGGUGAGGCGUGCGUAUCGUGGUCUUGCGCUGAAACAUCACCCGGACAAGAAAGCAGACUCAAGCAGCACAGACUUCCAGCGCAUCCAGGAAGCCUACGAUGCAUUGUCCUCUCGGCGCGUGUGACAGA